GCUACUCAAUGAGGAAACCACUUGGUUUAUUUAUACAUCCAAUUAAAGGCAAUCAACAUAAAGUUAUAGUCUUUCCAAAACUUUCAUUGAAACAUAAUAUGAGAUGAGGUCUCCCAAAAUUGGUGUCAAACCUAAAUAUUUUCACCUUCCUCUUAUGUUCAACAUUUCAAUAACACACCCAAUAAAGAGAGAGAGAGGAGAGUCAAUUUCUCCUCAGCAUAUCCAUUUUUUUCCAACAUCCAUCUUGUUCACACUCAUUCCAAGAACAUGUUGAAAUUAGCAAUCGUAGGUUUAGUCUGCACCGCAUUAAUUAUUUCCAUUUUGUUUCGAAUGUCAAAUAAUUCCAUCCUCUGCAGAGCUCCGGUACUAGUAGGUCCGGGGAUCCUCCCGGACACGAACUCAACAAAGAAUGAUGAUAUAAUGUCCCAACAACUAAAAGUUGAUGCCGUCCUACAUUACGCCACGUCACGAGUGAUACCACAACAGACGUUGGACGAGAUCAAGGUAUCCUUCGACGUUCUCAAAUCUCUAACCCCGUGUAAUUUUCUGGUAUUCGGGCUAGGUCAUGACUCGUUUAUGUGGGCGUCUAUAAAUCCACGUGGCACCACGCUAUUCCUAGAAGAAGAUCCGAAAUGGGUCAAGGCCGUAAUAAAAGACGUGCCAUUCCUACGUACCAACACCGUGAAUUAUCGUACAAAGUUGUCGGAGGCCGAGAAAUUAAUCGAACAUUACCAUAAGGAACCAGAUUGUUCAGCUAAGAAAUCAUUCUUACGAGGUAACCAUAAAUGUAAAUUAGCAUUGGACAUGUUAUCUAAUGAAGUGUACGAUAAAGAAUGGGACAUGAUUAUGAUUGAUGGUCCAAAAGGUUAUUUUGAUAAAGCACCAGGAAGAAUGUCAGCUAUUUAUUCUGCUGCUGUUAUGGCAAGGAAUAGGAAGGGAUCUGGGAUUACACAUAUAUUUUUGCAUGAUGUGGAUCGUAAUGUUGAGAAAGUUUACGCAGAGCUAUUUUUGUGUAGAAAAAAUUUGGUGACAAGUGUAGGAAGGCUUUGGCAUUUUGAGAUUCCUCCGGCUUCUAACGUGACCAAUGAUUUUUGCUAGUGGUAUGGUGGCAUUUGUGAGAUAGUUGGGAUCCCUCUGCCCUUAAUCACGUCUUCGAUUCGAGCCUCGGGAAUUGAGAACUUCUUGGUAGACAGUGUCUUUACACUAUUAGUGAGCCUAAGCGCAAAUCUGGAUUAAUUGGGUUAGCGGGUUCUAGAUACCAGCUACGUAAUUUAUAAAAAAAUAAUUUUGCUAGAGUAUUGCUAUUUUCCUUCUAUUUGUUGUAUAAUUUCUUAAUCCCUUUCAAAUUACUUCCCUACUCUUCGCAUUUUUUAUUUUCUUUGGGCUUAUGUCUGAUAAACUUGUUACAUAAAUAUGUACUCUGUUACCAACGGUACUUAUGGUA